AACUCAUAUCUCUGUGUGAAUCCGCUUCUUCCACAAAAUAACUCACUCUCUAUCUCUCUCUCUCUCUCUCUUCCCCGCCCCCCCUCUCUCUCUCUCUCUGUGAAAUUAGGGUUUCACACAGACUCAGUCGCUUCCCCUCUUUUUCUCUCUCUUCUGUCUUUCUCUCUCUCUCUCUGAAGCCCUCGGCGAUUUCAUUCAAUGCCUGGGAGUCCCUGCCUGAAAAUCCGUACACAAAGCCAAACCGCUCAAUUUCACGGGCUGUUUGGGCGUGCUUCUGGGACUUUCGCGUCGAAUCGGUGGAGCUGAUUUGAUUGGAGAGGAUUCGAGUCUUCGAUGGCACCGAGCCGGAGGAAGGGCGGUAGCAAAGCCGCUGCAGCGGCGGCGGCCCGCCGGCAAUGGAAGGUCGGUGAUCUCGUGCUCGCCAAAGUCAAGGGCUUCCCUGCCUGGCCUGCCAAGGUAGGAGAGCCUGAGAGUUUGGGUUUCGCAGCUGAUUGGAAGAAAGUAGUCGUCCACUUCUUUGGAACCAAGCCGGAACAGAUAGGCUUCUGCAACCCUGCUGAUGUUGAAGCAUUUACUGAAGAGAAGAAACAAUCUCUUCUGGUCAAACGUCAGGGGAGGAGUGCUGAUUUUCUACGUGCAGUACAAGAGAUUAUUGACAGUUAUGAGAAGUUAAAGAAACAGGACCAACUCAAUGAUUUUAACUCUGGUGAUGAAGUUACACCAGCUAAGAAUGAGAAUUCAGUUGACUUAUUGCCCGACUUUGGAUCAAAUGAUCAGACCGAAGUUCCUGAAGUGACUCCUAAUUCACAAUUAAAAACUUCAUAUUCUACAAUGGAUAAAAAUAAGCCACGUUUUCCACUUGAGGAUACCUUAGCUGCAACAGCUACUGUUGCUUUAAUUGAUAAAGAGGCCUUAGGGGAGGAAUGUACUGAUAAUGCGGUGGUUACAGAAACACCUUUGCCAACUACGUACUCUUCCAAAAAAAGAUCUAGUCUCUUACAGCCACAGAGUUGUGUCACACACAGAAAGGCUCAAAGGUCUAGAAGCUCAUCGAGACUGGAAUCUCGUAGAUCACAAAACUUCACAAUGCCAUUUAAUGAUGGUGGCAAGAAUGCUGGAGACAUAUCAGCCAAUAUAGUUCGGGAUGGUUCUAUAAGAAGGAAUAAGCGAAUCAGGAAAUCACCAGAUGUGUCCGAGUCGGAUGAUGCUGAUUCUACUGCUUUUGUUUCAAAUGGUAGCGUUGAAGAAAAUAGUUAUGAAAUUGUCACAGUUGACUCUGACACAUUUAGUCAAAAUGAAGGCAGCACUAUAGAGUCUGGUUGUAAACUUGAGCAAUUGGACACAGUCGUUGAGUGUUUGGAUAGAGAUGUUGAGUUGAGUAAAGGGCUUGAUCUCCAAAUAAAGGCUGUUUUCAUUAAGAAGAAAAGGAAACCAAAUAGAAAGCGAGUGACUAGUGAUACAGCUGGGGCUCCUGCUACAUUGGACAAGGAGAGAGGUCUGGAGGUUGGGGAGCAGAAUAAUUGUCAAAAUUCACAAAGAUGCUGUGAAAAGAUGAUGGAAACUUGUUUGAAGGAUGAUGGAGAUGAGCACCUUCCAUUGGUGAAACGGGCAAGGGUGAGGAUGGGAAAGUCAUCUUAUGUGGAGGAGCUCAAUGGCUCUUUACGCACAGAAGAGAGAACUAUAAAGGAAGUUGCGGUUGAUCCAUCAGGGGAGAUCAGCAUGUAUGCAAAAUGUGAUGAUGAUAAUCUUGCUGACAGAGACUCACUUGUUGUGAAUGGAGCUCCGGAUAAUGUGUCAUCACCUUCAAAGCAUUCCACUCAAGUUUCGGUAGGUAGACCUCAGCUUUGGAAAGUUAAGAAAGAACAAUCAUUUGGCUGCUCAGUGGAUGGUGAAGCUGCUUUACCUCCGUCUAAACGCCUGCAUCGUGCUCUGGAAGCCAUGUCAGCUAAUGCUGCUGAAGAAGGUCAAACAUGUAAUGAAGCUUCCCCAACCUUGAAAACUGUAGGUGAUGUUUCUUCUAUGGAGAGAAGCCCUCAUAUGGCUGUGGAAAGCAAAGCAGGUAAUGGUCUGGGUCCGCUGAGCAUGGACUCUGUGUGCAAUAUUUCUCCUCAGGCUGGUGGUUCUGGAUCAUCUACAAGUUUAAACCCAAUAAUCUCGGAGGACAAUGUUAAAUCAUUAAUGGAGGUGGACUUUUGCAAUCAACCAGUUGAUUUUUUGAAGAUCCAACAGCAUGAACUUUCCAAGGAUAUCUUUGCUGAUGUUAGGGAUGAUGUUGGUGGUUCUUUUGUUAGUCAUGCUGUUAGAACUACAGUCCCUUCUCAACGUAUAGGAUAUUUUUCUCCUAACCUUGAUGACAGACAGGCUAAUCCUGGUUCCAAUGAGACUUCAAUGCACCCUUUGUCGCCUCCAAAGGAUGAAGACGAUACCAAAAAUAAUGAAUUGAGCAAUUGUAAAGCUGAAAUCUUUGAUAAAGAAGUUGGUACUUCAGAAAAUACUGGUAUGAGUUUGGUUCCUGUCCCUCGCCCCAAUAAGAGUCUUCAAAUUUCACCUAGAAAUGGUACCAAUGUGCUUCAGUACAGUGCAGAGGGUACUGGUUGUGAGGAUAACAAGUGUUUGAAGCCUCCACUGGAUGACAAAGGCGAAGUAAAUGGCAUGUAUGAAGUAAUAAAAGAGCUCAAACAUUAUCAGACACUGGAGGAUCCAAGCUCUAAUUCUUUUUCUGAUGAUCACCUUGGUGAAAAGGAUAUCUCGGGUGUCCGGUCAAGUCCGUCUCUAACAGAUGCAGGAGAUUCUCUUCCUCAGGCGUCUCCACCCCACACCUCAAACUACAACAUGUCUACUUCAGAUAGUUGUAAUUUUGUUCAAAAUAAUGGCAGUUGUAGUCCUGAUGUGCAUUUACACCACAAGAGAACUUUGUGUGCUCCACUUGAUGAAGAAGAAAAGAUAGAAUCAUCAAUGACUCAAAGGCCUAAAUCUGUAGGCAAGCAUGGGGAAGCACAUGUUGCUCUAUCGUCCUUUGAGGCAAUGCUUGGAACUUUGACAAGGACAAAGGAGAGCAUUGGUCGAGCAACACGCGUAGCUAUUGACUGUGCAAAGUUUGGCGUGGCUCCUAAGGUGGUGGAAAUUCUUGCCCAUAAUUUGGAAACUGAGUUGAGCUUACAUCGGAGGGUGGACUUAUUCUUCCUUGUCGAUUCUAUAACUCAAUGCUCUCGUGGUUUGAAAGGUGAUGUUGGUGGUAUAUACCCCUCUGCUAUCCAAGCAGUGCUUCCACGCUUAUUGUCAGCUGCUGCUCCUCCUGGAAUUACUGCCCACGAAAAUCGCAAGCAGUGUCUUAGGGUUUUGAGGCUUUGGUUGGAAAGGAAGAUCCUUCCAGAAUCCAUUGUACGUCACCAUAUGCGAGAAUUGGACUCCCUUAGUGGUUCAUCUUCUGCUGGUCCCUACUCUCGACGCUCGUCAAGAACAGAAAGGGCUUUAGAUGAUCCUGUUAGAGAAAUGGAGGGUAUGCUUGUUGACGAAUAUGGAAGCAAUUCAAGUUUUCAGCUUCCUGGGUUUUGUAUGCCCCGUAUGCUUAAGGAUGACAAUGAAGGAAGCGAUUCUGAUGGAGAGAGUUUUGAGGCGGUCACUCCUGAGCAUAAUCUUGAAGCCCGUGAAGAACGUGAAUCAAUCCCAGCAAUCGAAAAGCACAGACAUAUCUUGGAAGAUGUUGAUGGUGAGCUUGAAAUGGAGGAUGUGGCUCCCUCUUGUGAAGUUGAAACAAAUUCAUCUUUUCAUGUUGCUGAUGUCGAUGCUGUACGGACUUUGCAUAGUCAAUGUGAGCAUGUUCCACUGCCAUUUGCACCCCCACUACCUCAGGAUGUGCCACCUUCAUCCCCACCACUACCAUCAUCCCCCCCACCUCCUCCUCCACCCCCUGUUCCCACUCCAUCUGCUAUGUCUGAUCCCUACUCCAAUGGUGCUGAUUCAAAGCUUUACAUGGAUACACAUAAUAUGCGAGACAACUUAGUUCAAUCUGUGGUUCAGCAGCCCAUUGCACCAAGAGUUGACCAAACUAUGCAUUAUCGUUCUCCUGAAUUUAGAGAUCCUCAAAUGCAGAUGCCUGAGUCUGCCUCUUGCUCUUUCAGCAAUUAUUCUGUGCAACCAGUGAAUAAUGGUCGACAUACUAAUGGUGCUGCCACCUUGCAUGAUAAGGCCUACACUUUACCGCCGCCUCAUCCUGCACCAUCAAAUCAGUUCUCUUAUUUUCAUGGAGACCAGCAUGUAAGACCUCGGAGGGAUGCCCCGCCACCUUCCUACUCCAACAGAUUCCACUUUGUGCAGAAUGUUGAGAGGGAAAACUCUUGCAAUAACCAUGAGAGAAUAAAACCGCCCCCAUAUGACCGUCACGAGCACUGGAGGUUUCCAGCACCUCCUUUUUCUGGUCCAAGAUAUCCCGACAAGGGCAAAACAUCUUAUGCACAUGUUCCGUAUGAUGGCCCCCCAUAUGAACCCACAAGAUUACCGGGCCAAGGAUGGAGAUUUCCCCCUCGGACGAUGAACCACAGAAACGCCAUACCUUUUAGACCUCCAUUUGAAGGUCCAAUUCCUGUGGCAGGCAGAGGUCCAAGCUUUUGGCGGCCGAGAUGAAAUUAAAUCUAGCUACUCUGACUGGUAUUGACCCACUUUUUAAUCUGGGUUCUGCGGCUUGUUCAAAAGCGUCAGUUAUUUAUUCUGGGCCAUUGAUGUUUGCGCUGCAAGGUACAGAUCUUCAGAAGAGGGUUUGGCACAGAAGAAUGGCAUAUUGGCAUGCCAGUUCUGUAUAUAUCUAUUCUGUCAUCUCUUCUGCAAAUGCAGAGCGGAAGACGGUCAUUGUAGAGACGGUGGAGGAGAGCUGUAACUUACUCUAGGCUGUCAUUUGUUUUUUCAAUCUCCUUUUUUUUUUUGUCAUUAUUAAAUUUUCUCUUCAAAUUUUUAGUAUAUUUUAUUUAUUGGAAGCCCUUCAUAGGAAUUCUAUCAAUAUAUAUAUAGUUUUGGGGCAGUUGUCGAAACAUUUACUUCCCAAUGCAAUCCUUUUUGGGUAUUUCUGGUUUUUCCUUUUCUGUAUCAAAAAAUUUGAGAAUAGGUUGCGAUAGAUCAAUGAAUGGUUCAUUUUAUUUC